AAUCUCUGAAAUCCGGAGCAGGAAGUAAUUUCAGUGUGUUAGAUUUAAAAGCAGUGGAAAAAAGUAGAUAUCAGUUUGGUUUGGUUUGAAUUGAAAUUUCAACUAAAAUGGCAUAUCAAUACCGACCGCAGCAACAGAACACUCCGGUCGAUCAAAGCUUUCUGUGGAAUAUAUUUCAAAGAGUGGAUAAAGACAGAAGUGGAUCGAUAUCAGAUUCAGAACUUCAGCAGGCCUUGUCCAAUGGAACGUGGACCCCCUUCAAUCCAGUGACAGUCAGAUCAAUCAUUUCCAUGUUUGACAGGGACAACAAAGGUGGAGUGAAUUUUAAUGAAUUUGCCGGUGUAUGGAAAUAUAUCACUGACUGGCAAAACAUCUUCCGAACAUACGACCGAGACAACUCUGGGCUGAUCGACAAAAAUGAACUCAAGCAAGCACUGACUGGGUUUGGUGAGCAAAGUUAUCGUCUUACCGAUCAGUUCUAUGAUGUUCUCAUUCAGAAGUUUGACAGACAGAGAAAGGGGCAGGUGGCUUUUGAUGACUUUGUUCAGUGUUGUAUUGUACUGCAGAGGUUCACAGAUGUAUUCAGAAGAUAUGAUACAGAUCAAGAUGGCUGGAUUCAAGUAUCAUAUGAACAAUAUUUAUCCAUGGUCUUCAAUGUUCUAUAGAACAAACAAUAAAUACUGGGACCAAUGAUUGAGUGGGAUGCCAAAUCUGAAAUGUUCACCAUGUUUAUAGCACCUAUCUAAGGAAUGAAGUAUAUGGAAGAUAUAUAUAUAUAUAUAUGUAUAUAUAUAUAUUUUUUUUUAAUUAAGUAACAAGUACAUUUUUAAAAGACGAAUGUCAGCACUUGAUGGCAUGUACAUUUGCAUUAGAAUUUGCAUGCAAAUGUGUUUGCAGCAUCCAACAUUAGACUACAAUAUUAAGACUUAUCUCUUCUGGCAAAGGUUUACAGAUAAAUACUGUGAAAGUAGAUUUUAGGUAAAAUCCCUGCUUUUAUAGUUAGUUGUCACAGUUUAACCUAUUUAUAUAUUCUAUGAAACUAACAAUUUUUAUACCAUGAACGCUUUUAACACUAGAACCGCCAUGUGGGUCAAUAUGGCCCAUUUUGGAUUUAAAAUGUUAUUACUCUUCCAUUGUAAAUCGUAUAUGUGUGUCAGUUUUUAACUUUUCCUAAAUAUAUGAAUGAAAUAUCCAGACAGCGUUUGAUAGCCAGAAUUGCAAAAUUAUUAAGUAAUAAACAGUUCUACCUAGAACCACCAUGUGGGUCAAUGUGACCCAUGCAUUAUAA